AUGAGGGUGUGGCAGAGAGCCACUGGAGCCAUUAAAGACAAGAACAGCAUAUGGGUUGCAAAGUUCGGACGACGGAGUCCAUUCCACAACCAUGAGUUACAAGCUCUGGUAAUCAAAGCCACGAGCCAUGAUGAUAAAUGCAUAGAUUAUAAGAACGUGCAGAGAGUGUUCCAAUGGCUCCGAACCUCACCCUUGUACCUGAAACCUGUUGUGUGGGCUCUCUCCAUGCGCAUGCAAAGGACUCGAAACUGGGUUGUGGCGCUGAAAGGCUUGAUGCUCAUCCACGGCGUUUUCUGCUGUGACAUCCCUGUGGUGCAACGCAUAGGGCGGUUACCCUUUGACCUCUCAAACUUUUCUGAUGGCCAUUUGAGCACGGCAAAGGCUUGGAGCUUCAACGUUUUCGUUCGUGGUUAUUUUGCGUAUUUGGAUAAAAGAGCGUCGUUUGUGUCCUCCGAGUUUACAAAGAUAAACAAUAGCAAGGAGAUGGAGGUGGAGGAGACGUUGAUGGAAGAGCUCGAGUGUUUGCAAAAGUUGCAAGGCAUGAUUGAUAUGCUUCUUGAGCUCAGGCCUCGGAAUGAGAACAAGAAUGUUGGGUUGAUUCUUGAAGCCAUGGAUUGUGUUAUAGUUGAGGUUUUCAGUGUGUAUAGUAUGUUUUGCAGUAAAAUUGCCAAGGUUUUGUUGAGGAUAUAUGAAAUGGGUGGGAGGAUUGAAGCGAGUAUUGGCCUCAAGGUUCUUCAGAAAGCAUCGAUUCAAAGGGGGGAAUUAUCUUCGUUCUUUGAGUUUUGCAAGGAUAUUGGGGUCCUCAACGCCUCUCAGUGCCCCAAGAUUGAUAGAAUUUCUCCUGAAGAUAUUCAAGAACUUGAGAUGAUAAUCAAUGGUGCCUCUUCCAAGAAGGGUGGUGUUGUGGCAAAUGAUGAGGACAAGGCAAUUGUGGUGAGAGAUUGUUCUGCCAUUGCACCUGUUUCACACCAGAGGGAGCCGGAGAAUGGUUUGAUGACCGUCAUCACUCACCAAUGGGAGCUUUUUGAUGAUGAUGUGAUGGAUGAUGCUACAGGAAUGCAUAUUGUCUCUAAUGGAGAGAAGGAUAGUCGCAUCACAACCAACCCUUUUGAGGAAUCAUACAGCAUCGUACCUUAUCUUCCUGUUCACAAUCAACCUCUUCCGGAUCUAAUUAGUUUUUAG